AUGGCAAGAAUUACUACCGAGGACUGUACCGAAAAAGUUAAAGGGGGAAGAUUUAAGUUGGUAGCACUAGCAGCGCAACGAACAAAGGAUAUUCUUUCUGGCAGUAAGAUCACGAUUGCUAAUGAUAGAGAAGAUAAGGCACCUGUAAUAGCAUUACGUGAAAUUGCGGCAGGUAAUAUAACAAUUUCCUCCUUAAGAGCUGAGUUACUUAAUCGUCUUAGGACCAAAAGCAGAAUUGAACCAAUUGAUGAUGAAGAAACUACCCCUUCUGCUGAAAAUACUGAAGAGAAUUUUGAUUAUUUACCAAGUGGCUCAGACCUAUAUGUUACUGAAGACUAUUCUGAUCUAGAAGAUCAAAUAUUUGAUGAUAAUGUUAGUGAAGAAGAACAAAAAAAUUAA